AUGGGGUCAUUGGAGGGGUCAGAUUGGGCAUGGCUUCUGAAGAACUUAUUGGAUAUGAUUUUGGACAAGUUGGUUUCACUUUCUGAAUACGUUCGAUUUGGUGCGGUUUGCAAACCAUGGUGGUGGGCAUUGGAUAACAAAGUUAAAUUCGUUCAAUAUAGGUGUUCUAGACAAGUUCCAUUAUGGAUCGUGCCUGCGAAAGAUAAUAGCAACAAAAGCCGUAGUCUAUACAGCAUCACUCAUAAUAAAUUAUGUGAUUUUCAGUUACGGAUACCUUAUCAGAAGAGGCUUUCUGGUUCCUCACAUGGUUGGUUGUUUAUUGUGGAAGAACCCUUUGGUGUAACCUUAAUCAACCCAUUCUCUGGUGCUACCAUUGAGCUUCGUCCAAUUAUGAACCUCUCAGAUUUCCAGCCUCCUAAUGUUAGUGACGACGAUCAUGACGACUUUGAAUACGAGCAUGACACAGGUCCUAUUGAGGUUGACUUUGAAGUUGUAAAGGCUACAUUGUCAGCUGACCCUGCUUCGUCUCCUAAUGACUAUAUUGUUACGGCCAUCUAUAGUGGUUACUUUAAGACUAGCAUUUAUUCGGGCAGGAGAUGA